AUGUCCAAGACAUAUGGCCGCAGCACUCUAAUCCCUGAAGGGUGUUUUGCAGCCUUUAGAGUGUUCCUGCAGUCUGAAUUCAGUGAGGAGAAUAUUGAGUUCUGGCUAGCAUGCCAAGAAUACAGAAAAACCCCCUCAACGGCCGAGCGGUCCUGGAAGGCAACAAAAAUCUUCCAGGAUUUCCUCCAUCCACAGGCUCAGAGGUCAAUCAGAAUUGCCUUUAUUCAUUCUCGCAGACCCGCUAGAGAGAUUUACAGGAAGAUCAGAAGGGCCAUGAAAGCUCCUUGUCCAUGCUGCUUUGACGAGGCAGUGAUCCAUAUGUACAAACUGAUGGAGAGAGAUUCCUUUCCUAGGUUCCUCCGGUCAGACUGCUACCCUGGGCUCAGACAAGAAGCCGGAACCCCUUGGUAGAGAAUUCAAAACAACACAUUGAAACAUGUUACUAUACAACAUGAUGAUCUGUCUCAAAUUUCCCCACAGGCAGUGACACGUAUAUUCAAGUUUAAAUGUUUUAUUGGUAGCAGAUGGGAUGGUUUGGAUAUUGCUUGACUAUCAGGUCAUAAGGAAUGCAGUCAGCAAAAAACAAUAAAAUCUAAAACAAGAGUAAGUAUGUACAAGUACAAUUUA